AAUAAUUUGUUUAGAUUGGCUCCAAUUUACGAAACUAUUAUGUUUGUCGAAGGCUAAUUGGUAUUAUUGAAGUGUUGCCAUUUAUAGGUUAAUAUUUCAUUCAUGUUAUCUCAAAAAAUUUAAUAAUUUUGCUAUAUCAAAUUAAUCUUAUAUUUUCUUGUGAGUUUUGUUUCAUUAAAUUACAUUGUAAACAUAGUUUUUGUUUUUUAAAUUCUGAUUAAAUUUCAAAAGAAUACCUUAAUAAUAAUUAUUCAUACUAUUCUGACUUAUAAAAGUUUAAUAAAAAUUCUUCAAAAUGAGUGGCGAUGGCCUUGCAGAUAUUAUUGGUAAAGUUGCUGCUGUAGCAACUGUUGGAACUUUUUUUGCCCCAGUUGUUAUAUGCUGGGAUAUCAUAAAAAAGAAAAGUACUGUUAAUGUAGAUCCUACCCCAUUUAUUGGUGGUAUGGCAAUAUCAAUUUUAAUGAUCAAAAAUGGAAUUCUCAUGAAUGAUCCAAACAUUAUUCCUGUUAACAUUUUUGGUUUGGUUUUGAAUUUAAUUUAUUUUUUGGUGUACUAUUUAUAUACAGCUAAUAUGGGUCCAGCAAUGUCUAUGUUAAAAAAGGUAUCUCUUUUCACUGCUAUAUUAUGGUGGUAUACAAUGUUAGAAGAUGAAAAACUAGUAGAGUAUCGCUUUGGCGUAAUUUUAACUGUAUUAAUGCUUAUACUUAUUGGAUCACCUUUAUUUUCCCUAAAUGAAAUCAUUAAAAAACAAGAUUCAUCAAUGUUACCAUUCCCAAUGAUAUCAUCUGGUAGUGUUGUUGCAUGUUUGUGGCUUAUAUAUGGACUUUUGAUUGACAACAUAUUUAUAAAAGUUCAAAAUGGUGUGGCUCUAAUAUUAUGUGCAGUUCAAUUAGUUUUAAUUUAUAAAUAUCCUAAAAAAGAUGGCAAGAAAAGUGAUUAAUAAAUUACCUAGUUACCAAUGAUUUAUUAUUAUUGUAGAUUAUUUAAUAAAAAUUAACCAAACAUAUUGUGAUUUUAAAAUAUUGUAUUCCAUCUUGCCAUGUUAAGUUUUAAAAAACUUGUUAAUUAUACAAAAUGUGAUUAAUUUUUAUUUAUUUAGUUUAAAUGUAUAUUAUUUUUCUGUUGAUUAAGUAUGUAAUGUGAAUCAAAUGUAAACAGUAACAUAAAUUAAAUACUCCUAUUUAACUAUAGAACAUUCUAAAAAAAAUUGUUUUAAUAUGCUUUU